GUUUCCUGCCCUCGCCUGUCCCGGUGCCGUGGUGUGACUGACGCCCAGCUCCCCUGCCCUAGGCAGUGCUGGCUCUCGCGGGGGGCUGUCGUGCUCCCCGGCUGCCUCCCCUGGGUGCCACAAGCGGGCACUGCCCCGCCAGCAACCCCCAGAGGGCGAGAGCCACCCUCUGCAGACUGGGAGCCUGCGCUUUGAAAUCACUUCUCGGUUUCCCGUCCUGGCGGCUCCGUGUUGUCGUUUCUAGUAUGAUUGGCAGCCGGGAGAGUCUCCCCCACCAGGUCCUGGCCCUGUUGCCCAAAGUGUUUGCAAUUUGAGCUUAAAAGUGAACGUACGCAUGGGUGAAACGUACGCGCGGGGAAGAAGGUGACCCCGAUGGACCUGAGUCUGCAGGCACACAGCGCUAGUGGCACUGCUGCUCCUUGGGAAAGCCAUGGGCUGACUCUGGUAUUUAGGUUCCUGUGGCAGCAAUGAAAAGGAACAUGUCAGUUUCAGGCUACAGCUUGAGGAAACUGUGGGUGGUAGACAUGAGUACUGGAGUUGUCCUCAGAGGGAAGAGGAUCUACAAAAAAAGUUGGGGAGCUACCCACCCAUUCUUCAGAAGAGCCUCAAGAAAGGAAGAAAUGGCAAAGCCCCUCCAACAGUUGUCAAAAGCCUGUGGCAGAUGGGAGAAAAAGAUUCUUUUCCAGGUGUGGGUGGUGUGAUUUGUACAAGGGUACACUACCUGAACCGUAUUUGGGGAAGUGUGGAUUCGAUCUGCUAUUGUAUGUACUAGAGUGGGAUUAGAGUAUUUUGUUUAUUAGGCCAAAUCUCCCCUAAAACGGGUGAACAGCAACAAAUAUCAUUCUCUGUAACCAUUAGAGAUGCUCCCGUCCAUAUCCUGGAACGGACUUAAGAAUUCCAGAAGUCCCAGUGUUACUUUGCUGUCAGCAAAUAUCUUUGAAACUCGCUGUCAAAGUAUGUGUCUUAUCCUUCUAGUGGCUGGUCCUCAGUAAAUAAGUCUGCUGCUACUGCCAAUUAAGUGGUAGAAGUCUGUGCUGUGGAGCUAAAAAUGCCCCCUCCCCCCCAUGACAUGUAGAGUGUUCAGUAUAAAAAAUUAUGGUACAGCUAGAAGCUGAAGUAAAUAAUGCACCAAUGAUUGAGUAUUGCCAGGCUUUCUUAACUCAAUGACUUCUGUGCCAAUGAUACCAGAAUCUUACAGCCAUGUAUUGGCAGAACUUGAGUGUUUGGAUCCAUUGCUUUCUGCACUCAGGUUGGAUUCUAGUCGUCUGAAGUGCACGUGUAUAGCUGUGUCUCGGAAAUGGUUGGCUCUGGGCAGUUCAGGAGGGGGAUUAAACCUGAUUCAAAAAGAUGGUUGGAAACAGAGGCUGUUCCUCACUCAUAAGGAAGGUGCCAUUUCCCGGGUUGCCUGUUCUUUACAUGAUGAAGAUUAUGUUGCUGUUGCCACCAGUCAAGGCCUUGUAGUGGUCUGGGAACUCAAUCAGGAGCGUCGUGGAAAGCCAGAGCGGAUUUAUGUUUCCACUGAGCACAAAGGCAAAAAAGUCACAUCUCUCUGUUGGGAUACAGUCGCACUUCGAGUUUUUGUAGGAGAUCAUGUGGGAAAAGUAUCUGCUAUCAAGAUUAAUACAUCCAAACAAGGGAAGGCAGCUGCUGCUUUUGUGAUGUUUCCAGUUCAGAUUAUAACCACUGUUGACUCCCGUGUAGUUCAGCUUGAUUAUUUGGAUGGAAGACUGCUUAUUUCUUCACUUACUCGCUCCUACUUGUGUGAUACUGAGAGAGAAAAAUUCUGGAAAAUUGGUAACAAAGAAAGAGAUGGAGAAUACGGCGCCUGUUUUUUCCCAGUUGGAAAGAGUUGUGGGAGCCAGCAGCCAUUAAUAUAUUGUGCACGUCCUGGGUCAAGGAUGUGGGAGGCGAACUUUGAAGGGGAGGUGCUAAGUACCCAUCAAUUCAAACAGCUGCUCUCAUCUCCUCCUCUCCCCGUUAUUACUCUAAGGUUGGAUCCUCAGUAUAAUACUUCCGCCUGCUCCCUCCAGUCUUUGUCUUUCCCAAAACUGUUAUAUUUGACCGAGCAUUGUGUUAUGACGUGGACAGAAAGAGGCAUUUAUGUCUUCAUUCCUCAGAAUGUUCAAGUUUUACUUUGGAGUGAAGUAAAAGAUAUCCAGGAUAUAGCAGUGUACAGAAAUGAGUUGUUCUGUCUGCAUACGAAUGGAAAAGUCUCGCACUUCUCUCUUCUGCUAGUGGAGCGGUGUGUAGAACGUCUGCUAAGAAGAGGUUUCUGGAGUCUUGCUGCCAGAGUCUGCUGUCUCUUCCAGAACUCUAUUAUUUCCUGCAGAGCAAGAAAAUUUUUGCCGCUAGAAAAACUAGAGCACUUGAAAUCACAGCUGGACCUCUCAACCCGUGAUGUCAUUAGCCAACUGGAAGAAUUGAUAUCAAAGCUGGAACCUUUAGAUUCUGCAUGCAGCAGCAGAAGGAGCAGUAUUUCAUCACAUGAAAGUUUCAGUGUCUUAGACUCUGGAAUUUAUCGUGUUAUUAGUCGAAGAGGCAGUCAGUCAGAUGAAGACUCUUGUUCCCUAAACAGCCAAACAUUGUCAGAAGAUGAGAGACUUAAAGAGUUUACUGCACACCAGGAAGAAGAGCAGGUGGAGCUUGACAACGUAUCUCAUGCUUCUGUGGUGGUUGAGACUGAUCGGAAUGAGACUUUUCUCCCAUUCAGUAUUCCAUUGUCAUUUCGUUCACCAUCUCCUCUGGUCUCCCUCCAAGCUGUUAAGGAAAGUGUUUCCAGCUUUGUACGCAAAACCACUGAAAAGAUUGGCACCCUUCAUAUGAGUCCUGAUGUCAGAGUGAGGCAGGAAAUAAAAGAUGAUGGGGAGUCUCAUGAAGUGACUGCUAGUAUAGCCACACACUCCCAGGAAGAAGAUGAAAAUGAAGUGGAACUACAGAGCCAGCCUCAAGAAGAAGACCGGCUAAGAGAUCUCAAGGUAGCAACGACAGAAGCUAUGAACAAACUGCAAGAUCCACUGGUUUUGUUAGAUCCACAAUGCUUGAAAGAAGUUUUGCAGGAGUGGUUUUUGUAUCUGGAAGAAACAUUUGGUUUCAAAGAGCCUUCCUUUUCAGGUGACUGCUUAUCCAUUAAGAAAGUUAAGAAUGUGCUUGCUGAAGAACAGAGUGAGGUUUUAGAAGAAAAUAUUGCACCAGAGCAACACAGUGAAGAUCAUGUAGGCAAAGGACAGACAGAUGCCUUGCAAGGAAUUACUGAACAGGAUCAAAGUAGCGAAGCUUGUUUUGGCAGAGAAAUUUGUGAAAAUGAUGCCAAUUCAAAGGGAGCCUCAGGCCAUGUUUUUCAAGCGUAUCCUCCAUGUCUCAUAGUGCACGAUAUUCAAAAGGACCUAGUGGAGUUGACAACAUUAUGUUUUGAAUUAAAUGUGUUUCCUUGCAAGAAUGGGAAUGCGGAAGAAAGUGCUCAACAGGAUUUACAGCGAACAAUGUCAUGGGUCUUGGCUUGCCAGUUCAUAAAGGACUAUUUCUUUCUCUUGGAUUUAAAAAGACUGAAGCGAUGUAUUACAAUCAAUUAUACUAGCAGUCCCAGUGUUUGGGAAACUUACAUUGAAGGAUUGAAAGAACUGACUCACGCUAGUCCAGUGACUCUGGAAAUGGAAAAUGGAGAUAUGUUGAAAAUAUUCAAACUGUUAAAUGACUUGGGGCCCUGGGAUAGUCCUCUGUUGUUGGCACAUGCUCAAAGGCUUUAUGAAAAGUUUGGGGAAACAGCAAUAAGGCCCUUGAUCAAGUUCUACCCAUCAAUCUUGCCCUCUGACAUCAUGCAGCUUUGUAGACAUCACCCUGCCCACUUUUUAGCAUAUUUAGACAGUCUUGUUAAAUCAAAGCCAGAAGAUGAAAGGUCAUCGCUGCUUCAAUCUCUUCUUAAUCCUGAAGCAUUACGACUGGAUUGGCUGUGUUUGGCAGUUUCCCAUGAUGCGCCACAAAGAACAAAUACGGUGGAUUCUGAAGGAAACCCUAGACCAUGUUCACAUUUGUUUACCUGGGGCUAUAGCCAACUGAUUUUGCUUCUGAUUAAACUCCCAGCUGAUUUUGUAACAAAAGAGAGGAUGGCUGACUGCUGCAAGUCAUAUGGCUUCUGGCCUGGAUAUCUCUCGCUGUGUUUGGAACUGGAUAGAAGAAUAGAAGCCUUUACUAAUAUUGUUCAUUUGGAUGAUAUGAACCUGUUGGAUGGAGAACAUGGCUCAAUUCCAGAGACCAUGGAAGAAUGGAAGUUCCUUCUCCAUCUUGCACAAAGUCACAGCACUGACCUCCACUAUCAUGAUACACAGAAUGGGAAUACUAUUGGCAAUGGUAGCACUAAUUGGUCAAACUGCAUUACUGUUGAAAAUGUAGCUCUUUUGUUGGCUAAGGUAAUUGGCCCAGAUCGUGCCUUGCCAGUACUGCAGGAGUGUGAUUUGACGGCUGAAUUCUCUGAGAGAUUUACCAGGAUCUGUGAAAUACUGAGAAUUGCUGAAAAAAGGCAAAGAGCCCUGAUACAGUCCAUGUUGGAAAGGUGUGACCGUUUUCUGUGGUCUCAGCAGGCAUAGCAAAUAUUCCAGGAAACACUGAAAUGAAGUUGUGUACUGUGCAUCUUCUAUAUUAAAUUGCCUCUUAAGUUUCGUCACCUCUUAAAGAAACAAACUCUUGUCCACACAAUAAUGUAUGCAGCCACACUGCAUGAAAAUAGCACCUGAAUUAGGUUUUCUUCUACAGCUCUUCCUAAAUAGUUUAAAACGUGCUUCUAAAACAGGUUUUAGAAAUUGUUAAAUUGAAAUACUCCAAUGUUUAUGUUGAAAUUAAGACCACAAGUGUCUAACAGAUUUGGUUUUUUUACAAUAGGAUUAAAGUGCUUGAAUGAACUUGGUAAUAACUCUGCAUGAAUUAAAACAGUUAGUUAAAAGUACAGUCUUUUGAACAUUAAAUUAUGUUUGAAAAUAGUGUAUUUUGCCUUCAGCUGCUUUUCUGUAGGUUGGUUAAGAUGUAAAUUUCAAACAGAUUAAUUCUGUGUAUACUGCGAGCAUGAGCAGCCCCUGCUGGUAAACGUUAAGACUCACCCAAACAGUUUUCCCCUUCUGACAUUCACUUUUGCCGAUAGCUGCAGUGAAUCCAUGCAAGAAUGCAGAUUUUUCCUUGAUUGUAUAGAAUAUCUAUUCUUUAGAUUUAUUUCUUGGAAUAGCUACAUCUUUAUCUUAAGAGCUAUGUAAAAUAAUGUUAUGGGGUAUUCAUUGCAUAGUGUUGAAAUAUGCAUUAAAUCUUUGAAAUACUCAUUUAUUAAUAGACCACUGAAAAGAAGUGAAAACACAGCAUUCGUAAAUUGUAUGAAUCUGUCAUGAGGUCAUUUUCAGAUAAAUUACCGCACAAUGAACAUAUCUUUAGAUGUCAAUAUUUUGUAACUGAUUUUUGAUCUUUUUGGAAGAAAUGAUGUAACUGCCUUUAAAAAAAAGUAUUUUAAAGGGAGGCUGUCAAGUUAAGAAUCAUAUUUUUUAAAAACCUUUACCUCUGUUAAGAUAACCAUUAGAUUAUUAAAACUGAAUAUUUAAAACACCCAAUUUUACUUAAUCAUUUGCAAAAACUACCUUUAUACCUAUUCUACUUACUCUGUGAACUUCCUAGAGCUUAGAUUGUGAAAACAGACUAGUGAGAUUUAUUUUUGGUUUUAGCUUAUUUCAAUUUAGAGCCUCAUUCACUAGCACAAUCCUAUAAUAUUUAGGCAGUAGUCAAACCCCAAAGAACUAACUCCGUAUAAAAAAAAAAUUGUCAUUUUUUUCCCUUGUACACCAACAUUUUGUGAGUAAAUUUGACAGUAUCCCUUUAAAAUAAGAGCCUUUAUAUGUUUUAUGUAUAUAGUUUUGUCUCCAUUGUUUGCUGCAUUCCAAAUUAAAGGUUUUGUUUAUUUAAAAUUUAAUUAUUUUUGGUCAAUGUUAGUUUUAUCUGUGAAGUUUGGUCUGAUAGAUAAAACUACAGUUGGAUAGGUAACCUCUUUGUCUCAAUUGUUAGUACAAGUCACCCCCUUAUGGUGGAGUGUUUCAUAGCUCUUCUGGUGUGGGAAUAAAUGUCUACUGAAAUAGGCCCAGUGGCAGGAAUUUCAAACCUUAAGGUUCCUGUCUCUGAAAAGCCAACAAAACAUCCUCUUUCAACUUCAGUUUUUCCUGGGGUUGAGAUUUUCAGCUGAAGUUGGGAAACAGCACAAAUGUGCCAUCCUAUACCUUCAGGCACACCAUGUCUUAUUUAUCGUAAGUGUAAAAAGGAUUGGAAGUCAGGUACUCCUCUGUCGUCCUAACUUUGGUAAUGAUAUGCCAUGAGGCUUAGAACAAAUCACUUUACCUUUCUGUGCGUGUUUCCCUACCUCUACAAUGAGAACACUUCUACCUCAUGUGGGUGUUAGAAUUAAUUAGUUCAGUUUUAUACAGCACUUCAAAGAAGUAGAGAUUUAUAUAAGUGGAAGAAUCAUCUGUCUCAGGAAAAUAUAUAACCAGUGCUCUUUGUCAAAAGUCUAGUGAAAUCUCUUCAGUUUAGAGGAUAAACAGCUGAAAGCUUUGUGUACAUAAUAACCUUUAUUUUAAAACGCACAAUUUAACAAUGCUGACUUUUACAGUAUAUCACAAACUUUCUGUCAAAGAACUUGUUUUUCAUUUUGCAUAGCACUGUUCAUAUUAACCAGUUCUACAACAAUAUUUAGGUUUAUUGCACCUAAAAUGAACUUGUAGUCAUGGUUUCAACUAACUUUAAGAGAUUUCAAUAAAAAAGAAGUGUUUAGA